GCGUCCAGCGCAGCCUACCGCUUCCUCGCCGGCCCCGCCCCGCGACACCGCCUCGCCCAAUCAGCUAUUGCACGACAGCCCGGCCCGUGCGGAAGCCUGGGCAAGAUGGCUGCUGCGUGGAGGAGCGUGAAGGGCCUGGUUGCCGUGAUAACUGGAGGAGCCUCGGGCCUUGGCUUGGCCACAGCGGAGCGACUUGUGGGUCAGGGAGCUGCCGCACUGCUUCUGGACCUGCCCAAUUCAGAUGGGGAGGCCCAGGCCAAGAAGUUAGGGAAGAACUGUGCCUUUGCCCCAGCCGACGUGACCUCGGAGAAGGACGUGCAAGCAGCUCUGACUCUAGCAAAAGAAAAGUUUGGCCGUGUGGAUGUGGCAGUCAACUGUGCAGGCAUUGCUCUGGCCAUCAAGACAUAUAACUUAAAGAAGAACCAGGCCCAUGCCUUAGAGGAUUUCCAGCAAGUUCUCAAUGUGAAUCUCAUGGGCACCUUUAAUGUGAUCCGCCUGGUGGCUGGUGAGAUGGGUCGAAAUGAACCAGACCAGGGAGGCCAACGUGGGGUCAUCAUCAGCACUGCCAGUGUGGCUGCCUUUGAGGGCCAGGUUGGACAAGCUGCGUACUCUGCUUCCAAGGGGGGCAUAGUGGGCAUGACACUGCCCAUUGCUCGGGAUCUGGCUCCCAUGGGUAUCCGGGUGAUGACCAUUGCUCCAGGCCUGUUUGGCACCCCACUGCUGACCAGCCUCCCAGAAAAAGUACGCAACUUCCUGGCCAGCCAGGUGCCCUUCCCUAGUCGACUGGGUGACCCUGCUGAGUAUGCUCAUCUGGUACAGGCCAUCAUCGAGAACCCAUUCAUCAAUGGAGAGGUCAUCCGGCUGGAUGGGGCCAUCCGCAUGCAGCCUUGAUGGAGAGGGCAGAGAACACGAGCUCCUGCUGCUGCUUGCCCUGCAGUCCUGUACUCCACCUUGGGAGGAAGCUCAGUGGCCAUUUUGUAACUGCCCACUUGUCACACUAUGUGCCUAAUAAAGUCUUAUUUCUCACA